AUGCUUCUUAUGUCGAAAACGCCAAAAAAAAAAUGCGAGGUUGACGACACGGACCGAUCCAACUGUGUUUGGGCUCAUGUGAACUUUCCUCCCUCACCUAAUCUGUUCUUCAAGCUCAUGUUUCCUCGCGAAAUCCUCUAUUCUCAUUCUGAUCAAAAUAAGUUUUAGAUGAAAAUUAGGGUUGAGCGAACGAACCUGAUUUCUCCAUUACAGCUUGAAUCUAGGGUUUUUUCCGAUAGAUGUCUCAGUUUGGAUCAACAAAGCAAUAAAGUCCUUAAUCUCACUAUUCUUCAGCUAUUCGAUCCUUCCAUUCAACAAACAAACCUGAUUUCUUCUUACUGCUGCUCAUGUCGCCUUCUACGAAUUCAACGUUUCUCUUGGACAAUGGAAAGCCGUUAACAAACCCUCCAUUUGCACGGCUGAUGAGCUUCACUAUGUUCAAGUAGUUGACUCUAAUUGGCUUCUUACUCUUUGGCGUAAUCAUCCCAAUUCUCAGGUGCUGGCAAAGUGUUGUCAAAACAGCCCUGAAGCAUAUCGAAAGUGUUGCUCCUCCCAACUCUUCCACUUGUACAGAGAAUUGGAGGCUUAAAUAGGAACCAAUAUCAAUUUUGUGCAAGAAUAUAUGGUUUCCUCUCUAUUCUCUUCUACCCUUUACAAUUUUUUUCAUCAACUCCCAAGUGCUAAUUUUCAAGACGGAAUCAAGUGUAGAAUUUUCUAAUAAACUCAAAUCACUGCUAUCUCAAUGAUACUCCAAGUUUCUCCUUCAAACUUUUCUUUGUUUUGUAGUCAUCAAUCUAAUAGCUUUUCACCAGCAUGAAGCUUUAUGUCGUUUCAUCACCUCUACUUGUCAACGAAAGGAUUUAGGCAUUGAUUCUUGUAAUUCUUAAUCAAGUAGUGUGUUUUAGAGUUGAACACAAGGCGAGAUCAUGCAUACACUUUUGUUACUGCGGCCGUUGCCUUGCUUAUCUAGCAGAAUUGGUACUAGCAGUUAUAAAUGGACAGAAAUUAGAACUCACAGCAUCACUAGAUGGGCUCAAAGGCGCUAUUUUGCUGGAAGACAUGUUAACUUAACAACUCCAAUCAAACCUCAAGCAUUGUCGGCCAUUCCUAAUUCGGAUGAUGGUCUCCCAGCUUCUGUACCAAUUGAUGAAAGCACCAGCAUAAAUCAUUCUCCUGCUUCAGAAAUGGGGACUUUAUUCACCAACUGGUCACCUCCCAGGUACUUAUGGAGAGGACUAUCAGUUUUCAUUUUGGCCGGGCAAGUCAUAUUACGUGCUCUCAAGGGUAAAAUCCACUGGAAGAACACUCUCCAACAGCUAGAAAGAGUUGGUCCUAAAUCAGUUGGGGUCUGUCUUCUUACAGCAGCUUUUGUUGGCAUGGCAUUCACCAUCCAAUUCGUCAGGGAAUUUACCCGCCUAGGGCUAAACCGUUCCAUUGGCGGUGUCCUAGCUCUCGCCUUCUCUCGAGAACUGAGCCCUGUAGUUACUUCAAUUGUAGUGGCAGGUCGUAUUGGAAGUUCUUUUGCUGCAGAGCUUGGAACCAUGCAGGUAUCCGAGCAGACUGAUACCCUUAGAGUUCUUGGGACAAAUCCUGUCGAUUACCUCGUCACACCAAGGGUUAUCGCAUGUUGUGUGGCUCUGCCAUUUUUGACCCUAAUGUGCUUCAUAGCGGGGAUGGCAUCUAGUGCGUUUUUGGCCGAUAGCGUUUAUGGAGUUAGCUAUAGAAUGAUAUUGGACUCUGCUCAGCGAGCUCUUAGGUCAUGGGAUAUAAUUAGUGCGAUGAUAAAGUCCCAGGUUUUUGGCGGAAUAAUUGCAAUCAUCAGCUGUGCUUGGGGAGUAACCACCAUCGGUGGUGCUAAAGGUGUUGGGGAGUCUACUACUUCAGCUGUUGUUUUAUCUCUCGUUGGCAUCUUUAUCGCGGAUUUUGUUCUUUCUUAUUUUUUCUUUCAAGGGGCAGGAGAUUCACUUAAAAACUGUGUAUGAACAACCAUCAACUGUUUCUUUCCUUUGUAGUUUUCAUCUUACCCUAUUAAUUCUUUGUGUAAUUACACUUACUGAUUAAAUACGGAGAAGGAAAGACAUGUAUUAGGGCACAUGUAGACACUUUCUGUGCAUUCUUUAUUUUAUUGUUCUUAGAGAUAUUGUUGUUGGAUUUCAACAUUUGGUCAAUAAGAAUUCACAUAAAUUGAAUAA